GAUCCAGACAGCAUGGAAAAACGAAUCAAGAAACAUGUCGAGCAUGGCGUGAAGAAGCUCAACACGCAUGUCUAUGACCUGGAAGAUGCCGUUGAGGCGGGAACGAAAUCGGAGAGAAAAGACAUCAGAGCCAUCUCUCAGCAACUGAAAGAGGCACAGGAGAAAAUCGACAACCACCUGGACGACAUCAAGAAAGGCAUGGAACAACAGCUGGAGCUGGUACAGAAACUCGGUCCCUUGAUAGCAGAAACGGCGAGAAAUAUUGAACUCGGCAGGAAAAGAUCAGCAGCGGAAGCGUUUCGAACGGAUGAAGACGACAUACAGAUUCGGACUCGGACUGGGCUAUUCCAGCAGUUGGAGAGACGUCUGGCUAUGCACCUUAGCAACACUCAGACGCAUAUAGAGUCGGCCGUAUAUGAGAUGAAGUCGGGGACAUUCAAGAGACUAGCAGAUUUGGAUGAAAGGAUCGGCGCCAUUGAGGAGAAAAUGGACAGGAUGGCCCGCUUCAUGGCAAAAUGGGAGGCUGUGUCUUCUGCCAACGCUGGUUCAUCGGGUUUGGAAAGUGUAUAA